AUGCUGCGCCUCAUUGCAUCGGUGCGGGCUUCCUGGUUCUUGCCUCAGAUGGCUCUUCUUGGUGCUGUGCGGUGGGGAGGAGGGAAGGCCCUUAGGCCGCCGGUCCGGAGGGCCAGGGAGGGUGCGCCAACGGCAACCCGCAAGGCAGCGCUUCCUUCGGGAUUAAAAGGCGUUUCAACUGCUAUGUCCGUCCAUCGGGCGACUAGAAGUAGACCCAGGACUCCAGUCGUUGUAAAUGAGGAAAACAAGAGGAAGAAAGGGGGGCGGCCCACCGCCCAUGUGCGUAGCAGUUCGAAGGAUAGUGAAAAGCGUGUAGUGACACGAAAAGGGCCAACACACACUCAUGCAAUGCAAAAGAUUAAAUACAACAAACGUGUAGCGGCGAUAGCGAAGCUUUGGCGUUUGCAGAAAAGGUGA